AAAUAAUUCUCCUGAGCCCAUAUUCUUCAUCGCCGCCAGCAUCAUCAUCAUCACCAUCACCAUCAUCACCGCAUCAGUCUCAGUUUUGUGCCUGUCGCUUCUGUUGCUCCUCGCCCCUGUUCGCGUUGUACUGGGCCCUUGCCUCGGAUUGGCUAUUUUGACCGCACCGACUCUUCUGCACGAGCGCGUCCACAUCUUUGAUCGCGUUGGAAUUAAUUGGGGGGUUUCCGGUGCCUGCAUAAGCCUACCCUUGGCAGCCAGAACUGAACCGCCAGAGAAGCAUCGACCACCUUGCAUAACCCAUCGAACUUAUCGUGGCCGCGGUCCUGGUCCUGGGAUACAAGUUCCUGUACUUUCUGGCCGCCUCCCUCGGUGUAUGCCGAGACGAUGGAUUGUGCUUGAAUGAGGUGUAUGGUUCGCUCCGCGCAAGUUCUGCGCAUCUAAUACACCGUGUCCCAUCUGGCCCUACCUCCCGAGUCCCAACGUUGCGCAGUCACGAACAAUGGCGUUCUUCUUCAAAAGCAGGAGAAACGCGCCGCCCGCCUCGGGCUUACCCCCUGCGAGUCGAAAUAUCCAUACCUCCGACGGCACUCCCACUUCUGCCUCUUCAGGCCCGAACGGUUCAAUAGACAGCACAGGCGAGAGAUCGACACAAUCGCCGCCUCCUAAUUCUAAUCCCACUUCCAAUCCAAAUGGCUCCAUGAGUUCAAUGAACUCGACCUUGGCCGGCGGACCUGCUUAUCCCCGCCGCGAACGAUCAGAGUCUGAAUCUGGGGUGCGUCAACUUUGGGCUGGCAUGGAGACUGGAUGGAAACGCUGACUAUGGUUCUGUAUAGGCACGCCCCUCGACGGCCUCACAGCCGACCCAAGUCCCCAACGCUGCCCUGUACCCCUGGUCACAGCGCCGGUUGAAUUUCCCUACUCCGCAAUCCAAUCCCUUUCCUCGUUAUGGCGCGGCUGUGAACGCAAUUGCCUCAAAAGAUGGUGACAUUUAUAUUAUGGGCGGCCUCAUCAACGGUUCCAUGGUCCGGGGCGACUUGUGGAUGGUCGAGUCCGGCGGCGGGAAUCUAUCCUGUUAUCCCAUCGCAACCGUUUCGGAAGGACCUGGCCCCCGCGUCGGACACGCAAGUCUGCUUGUUGGCAAUGCUUUCAUCGUAUUUGGUGGUGAUACUAAGAUGGAUGAUAACGACGUACUUGACGAUACUUUGUACCUGCUCAAUACUUCUUCUCGACAGUGGUCCCGGGCAUCGCCUCCAGGUCCACGACCUUCAGGGCGGUAUGGCCAUACCCUCAAUAUCCUGGGCUCCAAGAUAUACAUCUUUGGAGGUCAAGUUGAGGGCUAUUUCUUCAAUGAUUUGAUUGCUUUCGACCUGAACGCGUUACAGAACCCGACAAAUCAGUGGGAGUUCCUGUUACAGAACACGGGCGACGACGUUGUCGGCCCGACAGCGAAAGUGCCUGCCGCGAGAACGAAUCACACGAUUAUCAGCUAUAAUGACCAGCUAUUCCUAUUUGGAGGCACCAAUGGCACGCAGUGGUUCAAUGAUGUUUGGACGUACAGUCCCAUCACCAAUGUCUGGACGCAGCAAGACUGCAUAGGGUAUAUUCCUGCUCCCCGUGAAGGCCACUCCGCCGCUUUGGUCAACGAUGUUAUGUAUAUCUUCGGGGGCAGGACUGAAGAAGGCACAGACCUUGGUGAUCUGGCCGCCUUUCGCAUCUCAUCAAAGCGGUGGUAUACUUUCCAGAACAUGGGCCCAUCGCCGUCACCCAGGUCUGGUCACAGCAUGACAGCAUACCGCGACAAAAUCAUCGUUCUCGCUGGGGAGCCUAGUUCGGCGCCUCGAGAUCCUGCAGAGCUCAGUAUGGUUUACGUCCUAGACACUGCAAAGAUUAGAUAUCCAAACGAUGCACCAGCCACCGGUCAACCUGUGGGUUCGGCGCAGCCUAGCAGUCCAACUCGAAGGCCAAGCACAGAAGCCAGGUCUGCAAUGCCCAUCCGUUCAACAUCUCGAGAAGGGGCGAGGAGUCAAAAUGCCGCUCGCGAACAGUUCUCGGGUGGUCCAGUCCAACGGCCAGACCCUGCCGCCCAGAACAACUCACAAUCGCGACUACCACGGGCAUCCAUGGGGCAGGCGCCUGCCGGACCUCCGCCGCAGGGACAGGCGCCAACGCCACGUGCGAAUGGUGUCCAUUCUCCUCCAAAUGCGCCGAACGGGCCAAAAGCCAGGUAUAAUGGUCCCCCACUCGACACAAGGGGUGCUGCUGCUGGUCCGGAUGGCGUUCGAACUGCUCCUCCAGAUGGGGUAAUACAGCCUCCGGCAGUGAGAGAUGUGCAGAAAGAGAAUAUUAGACCAAGCCGCGAGGGCAGUCCGAGCACUUUUGGCCGCAGGACUCCGACCCAACGAACAGAGUCAAAGGCAAAAGCCAUGGAAGCGGGUGAAGCGGCCCCUCUCAUGAGCAGCGGAGUUGCCAGACAACGAUCACUAAGAUCCCAAAGAGCUCAAAGUUCCAUCGAUAGCACCGAGGACGGCUUUCUGGGACGCUCGUCGUCGGGGAGACAUCAUGGGGAACCACAAGGCGAUAAUCGAAGCUUACGAAGCAUGCCGGGUGAUGAGCCUAAAUCUCCCAAGAUGAACGCCCAUCAAGAGGCGCUUUUAAAAGAGCUGGAAACUGCAAAAAAGACAAACGCCUGGUAUGCCUCAGAGUUGGCCCUUGCUCGAAAGCAAGGCUACCAAACUGGCACUUCCUCUAGUCCUACUUUCGACGACCGUGCCGUCAGCCAAGUUGCAGAUGAUGAUCGACCGCUGAUGGAAGCCUUUAUGACAAUGAGGACGGAAAUUAUCAAGAUGCAAGAGGCUAUGGAGACACAAGCCUCAUCCAUGGCAAGACGGAUCGCCGAAGUUGAGCAUCAGCGUGACGCCGCCGUUACAGAAGCUGCGUACGCAAGAGCCAAGCUUGCAGCUCAUGGCGGUAGCCAGCGCAGCACACCUCAGCCUGACGCGACGCGUGAGCCCGAUGAGCAGGAACGUUUCACUGACCUUACACGCCGUCUUGCAUUGGCUCUCGCUGCACAGUCUGAACUCAAAGCCAAGCUUGAUUCUUUUAACAACGAGCUUGCUUCUGAGAGAAAAGCUCGAGAGCUAGCAGAAGAGUCUAUGGACGCUCUGCAACUCCGCUAUGAUGAGCUGAGCAAGAAUCGGAACCCGGCAGAACUCGAGGGUCUUCGCGCGGAACUUCACGAGGCUCAGAGCUUGGCUCGAGCAGAGGCAGGCCGCAGAGCUGAAGUUGAAGAAGAGUUGCGGACACUGCGGGUUGACCACGACAGCUUGGCGAAGACACACGAGGAUACAUCGUCUCGACUAACGAGCCAUACUGCUUCGCUGGCCGCUUUGGAAGCCGCAAUUGCAGCAUCAACGAACAAGGCAAGCCUCUAUGAACGGCAAAUUGAGGAAGAGCGCGGACAAAGGGAAGUUGCCGAGAGGAAGCUGUCUCAAUUAAGAGCUGAGCAUGAAGACAGAACAACGGAACUGGAAACCGUCUCGAAACGCCUGCAUGACGCCGAAGAGUUGGCAGAGACUCACGCCAAAGAAGCCUCAACUCAUCGUGAGGCUCUGCUUGCAGGGUUCGCCAAGCUGUCAUCUUCCGACACAGGAUCUAAACAAGACGCCGUGGCCGAGCAGAAAAUGGCAGCUCUUCGUGAGUCAGCCGAGCAAGCCUCGAGUCUGGCCAAGCGCAAUCAGGAAGCUGCGGACAAAGCAGCACAGAAGCUACGCAAUGCAGAAGAACGAAUUGCUGGGCUGGAGGCGUAUCAAGAGCAGUCCAGUCGCGAGGCCCUCCAGAUCCGGCGACAGUUACAGACGGCUUUGCGGGAUGCUCAAAACUAUCAGACGGAAAUCCGUGAAUUACGAUCAAACCUCGAGAUGCAUCAACGAGACGCGAGUGCUCUCGCAGUUCAACACAGUGCGCUCAAGGAUCUGUUGGGUGAGCGCAGCAUGAAUGUCUCCGAUGUGAGACGGUCGCCCAUAUUUGAUCACUCUCCAAGCUCUCGCUUUGGCACACCGGAGCAAGCUCGUCUCCGAGAACUUGAUCAGCAGUUGCAAGCCAGUAUCAAAGCCCACGAAGAGACUAAGAGUCAAUUUGAGGCUCGUAUGCAGGAGGCUGACAGCACCUACAAGGAGAAGUUGGAGCAACUUGAAAACGAUUAUCAAUCUGCCGUACAUUACGUCAAGGGCACUGAGAAGAUGUUGAAGAAAAUGAAGGAGGAGCUCACCAAAUAUAAAUCCCAAAACGCCCAGCUAACAGGCGAGUUGGAGACUGCUCGAAGCACGAGUGCAGCUUCUGGGACGGUAGCAGACACCUCGGCCUGGGACGAUGAACGGAAACAACUCCAAUCUUCAAUUGAGGAGAUGAGGACGCAGACGAGCAAACAAAUUGCUCAACUAGAAUCGAACCUUACCUCGUUGAAGUCAGAUCUUGCAACUAUACAGGCAGAAAGGGAUCAGCAAAAAGCCAACAAUGAAGAGCUCACGCAAACCGCGCAGAAACUGGGCAAAGAACUGGAGCAGCUCAAGUCGGAAAAUUCCAUGCUCGAGAAGCAGGCGGAAGAGGCGGAAAGCCGGGUGACAAUGCUCCUUGAUCAAGUGGGCCAGUCUGUAGGAAACUACCGACGGCAGUCACAAUUACAGCCAGUGCCACACGGUAUCACUGUGGUUGGACACAACCGAGAGGAAAGCACCUCGACGCUGACCGACGUCUCGGUUAAUGAUGACGCUUUGUCUCGAGACGAACGAGGGUCUAUUGCUCUAGACAACCUGGCUUCCGAGUUGGAGACGCUGCGAUCACAAUGGGAGAGCACGAGCAGGAACAACUAUCGACUCAGCACGACUUUCGACUCAGAGAGGACACCCACAACAGAAACUCAUGGGACGGAGUUGAGUGAUAAUCUCGCCAACUGGAGGCGGCGACUUGAAGAGGAAGAGAAUGGAACAAGAGAAACGUCGGCGGUCGCGUGAUGAAAUUCGACUUCUUGUUCAAUGUCACAUUAACGAAAGUGUUUGGGUGUGUGUAUGUGUAAACAACGUCCACCUCUGUUUUUACAUUCUUAUUGGAGUUUUCGUGUCUUCUGGGAGCCCAACAUGUGGAUGACAGUGAUGAAACCAGUUUCAUGGAGCUGUCUACUGGCUAGGAGCUCAAUGUAGUUUUAAUUGCCAGGUCAUUGAGCGCAGAGCCGUUAAAUACUGGAUCGGGGCCGGAAUGUGGUUGGUUGGGUUUGGCGGGAUGUGUCCCAAGUUAGGUGAAUGGGUGUCGAAUAACCACAUGCGACCAGUAUCAAUAGUCGUAACAAUCUCGUGGAUGGCGAACGAGUUUAGAGAUG